GUCACGGUGCAGAUGUGAAGUGCGUGGACUGGCACCCCUCCAAAGGCCUGGUGGUCUCCGGCAGCAAAGACAGCCAGCAGCCGAUCAAGUUCUGGGACCCGAAGACCGGGCAGAGCCUGGCCACGCUCCACGCCCACAAGAACACGGUGAUGGAGGUGAAGUGGAACCUGAACGGGAACUGGCUGCUGACGGCCUCCAGAGACCACCUGUGCAAACUGUUCGACAUCCGCAACCUGAAGGAGGAGCUGCAGGUGUUCAGGGGCCACAAGAAGGAGGCCACAGCCGUGGCCUGGCACCCGGUCCACGAGGGUCUGUUCGCCAGCGGAGGCUCUGACGGCUCUCUGCUCUUCUGGAACGCCGGGGUGGAGAAGGAGGUGGGGGGGAUGGAGAUGGCUCACGAGGGGAUGAUCUGGAGUCUGGCCUGGCAUCCUCUGGGUCACAUCCUGUGUUCUGGAUCCAACGACCACACCAGUAAGUUCUGGACCAGGAACCGACCCGGGGAUAAGAUGCGGGACCGCUACAACCUGAACCUGCUGCCCGGCAUGUCAGAGGACGGCAUGGAGUACGACGACGUGGACAUGAACAGCGUGGCCUCCAUCCCCGGCAUGGGGAUCCCCGAUCAGCUGAAGGCCGCCAUGGAGCAGGAGCAGAGCAGUAAAGAGGCCCCCGAGGUGGAGAUGUCCAUCCCGGGUCUGGACUGGGGAAUGGAUGAGGUGAUGGGCAAGGACAGCAAGAAGGUCCCGCAGAAGAAGGUCCCAUACGCCAAGCCCAUCCCCGCGCAGUUCCAACAGGCCUGGGCAGACAACAAAGUUCCCAUGAUGCCCCCUGGUGGAGACAAAGAGAGGAAGGGAGAUCCGUCCGACCCGGAGCUGGGCUUCAACCCCCUGGAGCAGAUGAAGAUGAGCUCAGACGGGAACAUGGGGCCCCCUCAGGGCUCGAUGCCCCCCUUCUCCGGCCCUGGGGGACCCGGGGGCCCGAUGCCUCCUGGCCAGCAGGGCUUUCCCCCCAACAUGCCUCCUCAGCAGAUGCCCAACAACAUGGGACCCCCCAUGCAGCCUCCCUUCAUGCCCCCCGGACAGAUGGGGCCCCCCUCUGGACCCCAGGCUCACCAGGGACCCCAUCAGGGCAUGAUGGGGCCCCCGGACAUGCAGAGACACCCUGGCCCUCCCAGGAACAUGGGACCCCAGGGGCCUCACGGUAUGGGACCCAGAGGGAUGCAGGGGCCCCAUGGAGGGAUGAUGGGCCCCCCUCCUCGAGGAAUGGGUCCAAGAGACCCUCAGGGACCUCCACCUCAGGGGGGCAUGAUGCCACCUCAGGGGGGCAUGAUGGGGCCCCCACCCAGGACACAAAACAACUAUGGGAUGGGCAACAUGCAGGGGCCCCCGGGAGGGAUGCACGGGCCCCCAGGAAACAUGCAGGGGCCCCCAGGUAACAUGCAAGGACCACAUGGAAACAUGCAGGGGCCCCAUGGAAACAUGCAGGGACCCCCAGGAAACAUGCAGGGGCCCCCAGGAAACAUGCAGGGGCCCCCAGGAAACAUGCAAGGACCCCCAGGGAACAUGCAGGGGCCCCCAGGGAACAUGCAGGGACCCCCAGGGAAUAUGCAGGGGGCCCCAUACAUGCAGAACUCGGGGCCCAUGAUGCACGGGAUGGGUUCUCAGGGGUCCAACAACAAAGAUCCCCGAGGGCCCCCGCCCAACCACCACAUGGGCCCCCCCGAGAGACAGGGGGGGGGGGCAGGACCAGGGCUCGGGCUCGGGCCCCUACUGGGGCGAGCAGCAGGGCCGCCGGGGGCCACAGGACUUCGAGGGGGGACAGGACUUCCACAACAGAGCGGAGGAGGGCUGGAGGCCGGGGUACCGGGGGGGCCACAGAGGGGGGGGGGUGGCAACUGGGGCCCCGAAGAGAGGUUCCCCGGUGGGGAGUUCAGGGGCCGAAGGGACGACAGGUUCAGAGGAAGCGGGCGGCCCGGCGCUCGGGGUUUCCCUGAGGAGUUCAGCGGGUCGGAGGAGGGCUUCGAGGGCCCGGAAGACGGGAGCCGAGGCUGGGACCCCGGGGCCCGAGGGGGGGCUCGAGGGAGGCCCCCCCGAGGAGGAGGAGGAGGAGGAGGAGGAGGUGGAGGAGGAGGAGGAGGUCACGAGGGGUAUCAUGAGGGCCAGAUGCAUGAUGGGUCGUCUCCGGUGGGGCGCUCCUCCUCCCUACAGGGCAUGGACAUGGCCUCGCUGCCCCCCCGCAAGAGACCCUGGCAGGAGGGGCCGGGGACCGCAGAGAGGGAGGCCCCGGGGCCCGAAGGAGGGCGCCCCCCCCAGAGGGAGGACGGGGGGUACGGUGUUCGGGGGGGUCGAGGAGGCUGGGGCCCCGGAGGCCCUGCCCCCCGGAGAGGAGGCCCCGCCCCAGAGGACCACCGAGGGGGGGCCGCGGCCGGUAGUCCCCCCCCCAUCAGAGACUCAGAUGGAGGCUCCUGAUUGGUCCGUUUUUAAUGUAAAAUAUUGUAGAGAAUCAUCUGCCGUCUUUUAUUUCACUUCGUCUGGUUGUUUUUGUAAAAGAUUUCUAUGUUUGUGUUUUCACCGAGGUGGAAAAUAAAGAUUCACACUUCAAUUCAACGUGUGUGUGUGUACCGUG